GUUUACUGAAAGUAUGUGAUUAUUUUUUUGCAACAGACUCGCAGAGUAGGCUAGUCCAAGCAUAACGCUGUCUUCAAUUUUUCUCAUGUCAUUGUAUUCGUUAAUUUCAGCUCUUGAGCUCCAAAAGGUACAUUGCUCUGACGCACUCGAGGAUGAAUGGAGAAAGUAAGCAAAACAACCCCAGGUACUCAAGAAACUGGACUAGGCUACUCAUCGGUGGAUAACUUUACACUUUAAUCCAUGUCGUGCUUAGUCUUUGUGCUUUUUUAACUGCACAUAACUCUCCCAAUUCUUAAACAUGUCUGAAGAAGAUACGGGUAUUCCUAAGGAGUUGCUGGAGAGUCUGAGAGAUGCCGUGGGAAGGAAGAUCAAGCUCACCCUGAAGAAGAGGUUGAAACUGGAGGUCAAAGGUGACAAACUGGAGAACCGAGUUCUGGCUUUGGCAUCCCAUCGGGUCUUUCUGCUUACUGCAAGGGUCCCUGCCAAGAUUGAACAGACCUUCAAUUACCUAGAUAUACAGGGGAUCAUUAGUAACAAGCCCACUCAGUUGUUGUUGGAGUAUGACCGAGGCCAGCUGUCCCUGAAGCUUGGCUCUGUGGAGGAUGUGGAUGAGGUGGUGGCCCACAUUGGGAGCUGUCUACACAGAAUCUGUCCAGGCCUCUCCCCAGUGAAGGCGAUGAAGAAGUUGACCCUGAAGCCUCCUGAGAGGACGGCCGCCCUACAGUCUCUCUGGGAGGACCAGGCCACCACAGACCUAGGGCCGUGUGGUGGUUUCUCCCACAUGUACUGGUGUCUCUGUGACCAGCUGGGUCUGCCAUUCAGAGAGGAGGUGCAGUGGGAUGUGGACACAAUCUAUCAGACCCAGGACACCAGGGAACUGAACCUGCAGGAUUUCGUACAUCUUGAUAACCGAGAUUUGGUGGCCAUCAUUGUGGUCCUGGAGUAUAACCAAUGGUUCACCAAGCUCUCCACAAAGGACUACAAACUGUCCACAGAUGUGUGUGAAGAAAUUCUGCGAGUUGUGUCCCGCUCCAGUCGCUUAGAGGAGCUGGUUUUAGAGAAUGCAGGUCUCAGAAGUGAUUUCGUGCAGAAGCUAGCCAACGCUCUGACCUGCAACCCUGCCUCUGCACUUCACACCCUCAACCUCACAAACAACUCCCUGGAGGACAAGGGCAUAUCUGCUCUCAGUGCACAGCUUGCCAAACUCCCAAUGGGUCUCAAGCAUUUGAACCUUUCAAAGACCUCCAUAUCGCAAAAAGGGGUUAACAGUCUGGCCCAGGCGCUGAGUGCCAACCCUGCUGUCCCCACUACCCUCACACAUCUGGACCUCUGUGGGAACUCACUCCGAGGAGACGACCUCUCAAAUCUGUACAAUUUCCUGGGUCAACAUAACAGUCUAGUAACUCUGGAUCUGUCCAGCAGUGACUGCUGUCUGGACCAAGUCUGCACUUCACUUCUACGAGGUUCUCUCAAGCACCUCUCAGUGCUCAACAUGUCGAAGAGUGUUUUCUCUCACAGGAGAAGUAAAGAUGUCCCGCAUUCCUUCAAGCAGUUCUUUGGCACUGCACUGGCGCUGAGCAGUGUCAACCUGUCUGGAACCAAGCUCCCCCUGGAGGCACUCAAAGCACUUUUACUAGGUCUUGGUUGCAAUCCCAAUCUCAGUGAAGUAUCACUGGAUCUCAGCAGCUCUGAGCUAAGAUCUGGAGGCUCUCAGAUUCUGGAGGGCUGCAUAGCUGAGAUUCCCAACAUCUCCAGCCUGGACAUCUCAGACAACGGUUUGGAUUCAGACCUGACCACUCUCUUGGUGUGGCUGGCCAAAAAUCGCUCCAUCCGCCAUCUCUCACUGGGCAAGAACUUCAAUAACAUCAAAUCCAAAAAUCUGUCUCAAGUCUUGGACAACCUGGUGCACAUGAUACAGGAGGAGGAAUCGCCCCUGACGUCCCUCUCCCUGGCCGACUCCAAGCUGAAGGGAGAUCUGUCCAUCGUGCUGAACGCUCUGGGCAGCAACACCAGCCUGAUCCGGGUGGACAUCAGUGGCAACGGCAUGGGAGACAUGGGGGCCAAGAUGCUGGCCAAGGCCCUACAGAUCAACACCAAGCUCCGGACAGUUAUGUGGGACAAAAACAAUGUCAGCCUACAAGGCCUCCAGGAUGUGGCAGCAGCUUUAGAAAAGAACCACACCAUUCGCUUCAUGCCUAUCCCCAUCAUCGAUGCUGCCCAGGCCCUCAAAGCCAGCCCUGAGAAAACAGAGGACGCCCUACUAAAGAUGGAGCAGUAUCUCCUAAGGAACCACGAGACUCGAAAAUACCUCCAAGAGCAAGCUUACCGGCUUCAGCAAGGCAUUGUCACGACAACCACACAACAGAUGAUGGACAUGAUCUGUGUAAAGGUGCAGGACCACCUGAACUCCCUGAGGUAUACAGAGACCGACGUCGUCCAGGAGGACAUGAAGGUGGCCAGGAACCUCAUGAAGGACGCCAGGAACUCCAAAAGACUACUGCCCAACCUGUACCACAUGAGGGGAUCUCCUGGUGGCAUGGGCAGCCCCAUUCAGGACAAGCUAGAGUCCAUGGCCGGAGAGAUGGCCAGGGUCAUGGAUGGACAGCUACAGACGUUGUUGCAGUCUAUGGUUGACACCGCUGAGGGCCUCUGUCCCCAUGUGAUGAAGAGGAGCAACCUGCACCAGGAGCUGAUGAAGGCAGGUGCAGGCAGGAUGACCAUCCCCCAUAGCUUCAUCACCACCACACUACUGGAACAGUCAGGAGUCGACAUCAUCAACAAGAUCAGUGAAGUGAAGCUCAGUAUGGCUUCCUUCCUCUCAGACCGUAUCGUGGAUGAGAUCUUGGAAUCUCUGUCCCGUUCCCAAAACACUCUGGCAGAACACCUGACCAGGAAACCUCAACCUCUUCUCCACCAGGAGCCCAACAAGAUGGAGGUGCUGGAGGAGACAGUCCUCCAACCUGAGGCCCAGACCCAGGAGCAGAGUCCUCACCAUGCUGAGAGGCUGGAGGAGAUGGACACAUAUGUGUCCAAGAGGAAGAGCAUUCUCUGCAGGAUGCUGCGGCCUGUAUCUGUGGCCUUUGGUGAGUUUAUGUUCUACAUCCCAGAAAUGGAGUUUGACUUGGACAAGGCCCUGGAAGAAGUGCCUAUAUAUGAGGAGGAUCCGCCCCCUCCUGCCCCAUCGGACAAGAAGCCGACUUACUUUGGCGAGCUGCCCACUAUGGAGGCCCGAAAGCUAGAGCACCACACCAAGCUCCGCCCCAAACCGAAAAAGAGGACCAAACCUAGCCGAGCACCACGGGAACCAAUCUGCACCUCUCCACCACCAGAAGUGGAGCAGAAUGACCUGGGGAAAGUGGAUGAGGGUGUUGAUGAAUUCUUCUACAAGAAAAUCACCAAACUUAGUUUUAAACGACCCACCCUGAGGGGCUCCUCCAACAUCCAGGAGGGGUCGGAGAAGAAACGGGAAUCCCGUAAAAGCGGCUUCCUUAACCUCAUCAAGUCUCGCACCUUGAAGUCCGAGAAGAGCCAUGGAACAGCUGCCAUCACCACCCCAGCUGCUGCGACUGUCAGCACUGUGACAGAGGAGCCCUUGUCCCCCAAGGCUCCGUUGUGGGACCACUCUGAAAUCUCCCCUGACCACUCACGAAAGCCACCAACCCCUGAACCCACUGAGGAACAGCACUCCGAGAGUGACAGUAAGGGUAGUCCUCAUGGUGGCCGGCACUUUGGGGUCCCCGUAAUGGGCCCCCUAAUGGGAAUGGACCUCCUGGCGGAGAUGAGAAAAAUGCAUGAGAAAAUAGUCGCUCAUAAGUCGGACUCUUCAGACAAGGCAGAUGAUAAAAAAGGCGAGUUGGCCUCUAUAUCCCAAUCAGGAAAGCCAAAGGGUCAAACAUCGUCGAUAGCGCCCAGGUCUAAACCCACCGGUGUCACACCCAGAUCCCCAGCACCCCAGAGCAUCAAGCCCCACAUGGGACCACACACUUUGGGACCCCUGAGCCCUCGUGCCAGCAGCAGCCACAGCCCAGAUGACACCCCUGACUCCUGUCUUGGAAACGUAUCCCCAAAAGGACCACUGCCCGCCCCUCGCCUGAAGAGAGAGCCCUCAGACUAUGAGAGGGAGGAGGAGAGUAGCCACAUUAAUGUUGAACUCACAGGAGACUCCAGCCCAUUUGACUUGGACCAAGAGAUGGACAGGUCUGCAAUUGGUGGGAGACAGUGGUCCUCCCUGAAGCGCUCCACUUCUGUGGUACAGGAAGUAGAAGGUCGAGAACGCACCAAGUCCCUCCCUGCAUCUGUGAGACCUUCAUCCACGGUGGACCUUGUCCACUGCCAAAGCCCUGGGGUGUUUGCUAAAGACAACACCGAAGAGGACUUCUCUCCUACCCCUGACACGGACCAAAGACAGAAUCUCAGGCCUGACAACAUGGAGGACACCGUGACGACAUCCCAGUGUAGAAAGAAAAGCUACAUCUAGAUUCUCUCUACUUUCUCCAAAGUGUUCCAUGUAGUGUCCAAGUGUGGAGAAUUGUAAUGCAGCCAAAGAGGAAAGAACCAAAAAAAAAGCUUAUGGACAAAUCCGUGCCAGUACCUUACUCUGAAUUCUCUUACUUUAAACAAAGACUGUUGAUUGGCUUAUUCAAUCAACCAAUAAGCACUGCUGUGUUUCUAUGUCUACUUUGCAUGUUAUGUAUUUAUGUAAUAACACACUGAAAGAGACAUGCAUGUGUUGAAAAGUACACUACAUGACCAAAUGUAUGUGGACACCUGCUCAUUGCAACAUCUCAUUCCAAAAUCAUGGGCAUUAAUAUGGAGUUGGUCCUCCCUUUGCUGCUAUAACAGCCUCCACUCUUCUGGG